AUGGACGCAGGGCUGCAGCGAGCACUCAACCCACUGGCCCCUUCUCAAGACACAGCCAUGCAUGUGCCCGCAGGCUCCGUCACCAGCCACUUGGGAACCACUAGCCGCAGUUAUUUCUAUUUCACCACGGCCUCACUGGCUCUGUGUCUCGUCUUUGCUGUGGCAACCAUUAUGGUGCUGGUAGUUCAGAAGACGGACUCCAUUCCCAACCCGCCGGGCAAAUUCCACCUUAAAGGAGGGAAUUGUUCAGAGGACAUCUCAUGUAUCCUGGAAAGGGCUGCAUUCAAGAAGUCAUGGGCCUACCUCCAAGUGUCAAAGCAUAUAAACAAAACGAAGUUGUCUUGGAACAAAGAUGGCAUUACCCAUGGAGUCAGAUAUCAGGAUGGGAAUCUGGUGAUCCAGUUCCCAGGUUGGUACUUCAUCAUUUGCCAACUGCAAUUUCUUGUGAAAUGCCCAGAACAUUCUGUCGACCUGAAGCUGGAGCUUCUCAUCAACAGAGAUGUCAAAAAACAGACACUGGUGACAGUGUGUGAGUCUGGAGUGCAAACCAAAAACAUAUACCAGAACCUCUCUCAGUUCUUGUUGGAGCACCUCCAGGUCAACGCCACCAUAUCAGUCAAGGUGGAUAAAUUCCAGUAUGUGGAUACAAACACCUUUCCUCUUGAGAAUGUGUUGUCCAUCUUCUUAUACAGUAGUUCAGACUGA